CCCCGACGCGGCUGGAGGAGCCGCUCCGGGCGGCACCGACUCACAUUCACGGAAAGGCGUCUGUGUCAUCCAGAGAGAAAAAGGAGAAGCUGAACAUUAGAAACGAUGGGUGCAGACGCCAACUCCACCUUUCUGGACUCGGAGUUUCGCUACGUGCUCUUCCCAGUUGUGUACAGCAUCAUCUUUGUUGUGGGAUUCUUCGCCAAUCUUUACGUGCUGUUCGUCCUGCGGUGUCUCCGUGAAGCAAAAGCCAUGGGAGAAAUACGCAUCUACAUGACCAACCUGACCAUCGCUGACCUCCUGUUUGUUUGUGCGCUGCCCUUCUGGAUUGGGUACUACAGGCGUAAGGGGGAUUGGGUCUUCCAGGAUUUCAUGUGCCAGCUGGCAGGAUCGUUAUUUUUCAUCAACAACUACGGCACCAUCCUAUUCCUCGGAGCGAUCAGCCUCAACCGGUACUGGGCGGUCACUCGGCCUCUGGACGCAGCCUCGUCGGACCACAGGCGCCGUGGGAUCAUCGUAUGUGUCGUAAUCUGGGUGUUUACCAUUUCAUUGUCCAUCCCCUUCUUCACAGGACCAGGUACCAACGAUGACGGAAACGUAACUCGAUGCUUUGAAGCGUACCACAAUCAAACGGAGGAUGAAAAGAUUAAAGUGGCAAUUAUUCAUUUCCUAAUAAUUGCGAUGUUUUUUGUUGUAUUUUUUCUUGUUGUGGUGUGCAAUUUCCUGAUUGCCCGAAACUUGCUUUCUCAGAGUAUGCCUCAGUCAGAGGCUUUCUCUGACACAAUCAAGUCCAACAGGACGUUUAACAAGACGCUUACGUCUACGUUUAAAAGGCCCAACAAGGCCAGAGGGGUGAAGAGGAGGGCUCUCCAGCUGCUCCUGGCGGUGGUGGGGGUGUUUGUGUUGUGCUUUAUGCCCCACCAUGUCGUCCAGGGCCCCUGGGCGCUGGCUGUGCUGAAUAUAAAGGAGGGCUGGGGUCAUGUAAACUGGAGCCAGGACACACGGCAGGCACUCAACGACGCCCAUCAGAUCACUUUGCUUCUGAUGGGCUUCAACUGUAUCCUGGAUCCUGUGGUGUAUUUCUUUGCCACAAGGAAGUUCAGGAGGUUCAUUGUGGAGCACAUCAAAAAGUUAUCAAGAGGGGAGGCUUGCUCCCACUCAGAGAACAUCCAAGUGUCCAUGGACAGCAGGAACCACAGCCAGAGACUUCAGAGUAUCCACCCACAGCCGGAUGAGGAAUAACUCAAUGACAGACACAAGAACACCUGAGAACAGGUGUCUUUAUUGGGACAUGUCACAUACUGAACAGGACUACUGAUUUUUUUUACUUUUAUGUUUUGUUUUAAUGUUUGCAACUUAUUAUUUUGGCUAGUUCCUUCACCCCCACCCCGGCUCCAGAGAAGUUUAACUCUGGGGGGGGCAAAACGAAUCUAUGUAGCCAACAUCGGUAGCCUACAGGCUACUACUUGUUAAGCUUAAGGUGCUGUAUUGGUAUUAGCUAGUCAUCCUUUAUGUAAUAGAGAUAAAAGCUUGUGUGAGUUUUGGUCAGAAUGAUUGUAGGGUUGUAUGUAUUUAUGAGAUUAUUGAUCAAUGCGUUUGUUUGGAGUGGUGUGAUGAGUGACUGCAUGCAGCGGGUCCGUCAGGGACUCUCACAACUUCCUCCACCAGAAGGAGCGCUGGUGGAGGAAGGUGCAAGAGAGGCAGCUCUUCACUUCUUUUUUUACUUAGGGUCAUAUUUUUCUAGUUCAACAAUUAACGAAGUACUGUAAGAAUAUUUAACAUCUACAAAUAUAAUUUGCAAAGUUUUUCUCGUGGUUGGGCUGGAAAAAUGUGACCCUAUGAGUGGGAGCUGCGCCGGUUGGUGUUCGUGACUGACCACUCAGUCACGGCGCUAACCGUGUCUUUUAGUUUUUUAGUUUUCAGCCUGUUGGACCACUUGGCUGCAGUCAAAGCCACAUUGUGAAGAGUUUUUAUUCUGUAUUGUACUAGGUGACAGACGACUAAACAAGAAGAGUUACAUUUAGCUAACUUUACCUGCAUCCAACAGCUUUACUCAACAGUCGGUUCGUUUGCGGGGAAAAAAACUGUAAAGUUCU